CUAUCCUUCCUGAUAGUGAGAGAUUACAAUAUCUUUACUUUAGCUGUAGUGACGUAAUAUACUUGCAUACAUAGAGAAUGCAAGACUAUUCGAGUUCAUUUUCGGGCGUGGGGACAGGAUCAAGUUCGCCCACCCCCUCCUCCUACCACUCCCCCUCACUCCCCUCCUCCCACAUACCCAACCCGGCCGAGCACUCCUUCUUGGCCUCUUCGAUGUACGCCCCCUCCACCCGGUCCGUGUUGUCCUACAUGCCCGCCCCUCUCUUUACACCACAGUCCCCCUCACCCCCCGCCCCUGCCGCCAUGUGGCACAGCUCAGGGGCGAGCCAAGAGGGGGCAGGGGGGCAUGACCCCCAGUCAUCUCCCUACUCCAGGCUACAACCCUCUAACAACUCAGGAUCUUACUUUUCAAGUAUGUCCGGUGGAAUGAGUUCCCAUCUGAAUCCGUACGCUGCUGCGUAUGCGCAGAAUGCAAUGGCCUGGAAUACCUACAGCAUGCAAACAUUCCAGGGGCUACAGAGGGCUGGGGUUACAUACGAUCCUCAAAUGGGAGACUAUUUCGGUGAAGGACGAGAAUGUGUUAAUUGUGGAGCUAUCUCAACCCCCCUCUGGAGACGGGACGGAACAGGACACUACCUCUGCAAUGCCUGUGGGCUGUACCACAAGAUGAACGGGAUGAACCGACCCUUGGUUAAACCGCCGAAACGACUGGUAAAGAAAAAUUCGACUUAUAAAUAG